UUUGAAAGAGGCAGGGGUUGAUUUUGUGCGAAUAAAACUCAAAAAAUUGUAUCAAAGUUGUUGUAAAUUAAUUUUAAUUAAGAAAUAAUCAUUCAUAUUGAAAUUAAUAUUAAUUAAAUCAGCUAUCUAUUAAUUUAAUAUUAAAUAAAACAAAUGGUAUUGUGAUAAAAAAAAAAAAAUAAGAAGUAACAAGGAAAGGAGGACAAGAUGGCAACUUGUGCAGUUCUUGGUGGUGGGAUAAGUGGACUUGCCACAGCUUACUACCUGAACAAAUUUGGUGGAAAUCUUGUGAAAAAAAUAAUUUUAAUUGAAGGCACUAAUCGAUUCGGUGGCUGGAUGAGGUCAGUGAAGUAUGAGAAGGAUUUGUUGUUUGAACAAGGACCAAGAAGCAUACGAGGUGUCGGUAGAGCGGGGUUUAACACACUUGAAAUGGUUGAAGACUUGGAGCUGGAUGAUGAAGUUCUCCCCAUUCCUCGAAGUCACGUAGCUGCAAAGAACAGAUUUAUCUACGUUAACAAGCAACUCUGCAAGUUGCCAAGCAGUUUAAAAGCAGUUUUAACAACUCAACCUCCAUUCAGCAAGCCUUUGUGCUUAUAUGGUUUGAUGGAACCAUUCAGAAAGAAAGGUGAAUUAGAUGAUGAGACGGUUGAUAGUUUCUUCAGCCGAAGGUUUGGUCCAGAGGUAGCAAAGUACGCAGCUAACUCUAUGUGCAGAGGAAUAUUUGCUGGAGACAGUUUGAAGUUGAGCAUGAGGUCAUGCUUUCCAUUAUUCCAUGAAUUUGAAUCCAAGUAUGGGUCUAUUGUUAAGGCUGCUCUCAUGAGACCAAGAACUAAAAGGAGAGAAAAUUCCGAGCUGAUAAACAAAUUUGUGUCUGAAAACUGGUCCAUGUGGUCUUUGAAGAAUGGCCUUGAAGAUCUACCACGCAAGCUUCUGGCCACUCUGCAGAAAGAGGACAAGGUGAAGGUCAUGUCAGGGUCGAAGGUCAACACUUUGCAGUUUGAUGAUGUAAAAGUUAAGCUUGUUACAAGUGCGAAUGGUGAAAUAAUGACGGUUGAUCAUGUCUUCAGUGCACUUCCAUCAUUUGAUAUAUCUCUCCUCCUCCUGCCAACAUAUGCCAACAUAUCAUCUCUCCUCAACGACAUCAGGUUCGCCUCGGUAGGCGUGGUCAAUUUGGUGUAUCCCAGUGACGUCACAACCCCUCAAGUUGGGUUCGGACAUUUGAUUCCUUCGUUUGAAGACCCAGCCGUGUUGGGGGUCCUCUACGAAUGCCACACGUUCCCUCACCACAAUGGAAGGGAUAAUAAGACUAGGAUAACAUUGAUGAUGGGUGGUGCCUGGUUUGAGGAAUGCUUCGGAAGUCCUGAAACUGCAGAUAAAUGUAAGUUUGAAGAGAUGGCGUUGAAGGCUGUCAGUGAACAACUCUCCAUUAAGCAGAGGCCUGAGAUGGUGGUUGUCAACGUCCAAAAGUACUGCAUACCCCAGUACAAAGUUGGUCACCACAAAUUAUUAGAAGAGGCGGAGUCAUUGAUUUCUAAAAAUAACCUCCAACUCUCAUUGGUCGGUUCCUCGUACAGGGGUAUGAGCAUAAAUGACUGCAUUUUCAAUGGCAAACUUCAAGUUCAACAGUACCUUGGAAUCCGUCGUGAUGAUGAAUGAAUGAAUUAGUUAAAUAAGUUGAUGGGUGGAUUGAUGAAUGAUGCAUGAAUGGAUUAAUGAAAUUGAUGAAUGAUUGCGCGCAUUCACGGUUUAUUAGAUUGACUAAAUCUAAAUUAAUAUGCGAUUGAUAUUUGAUAAACUAAACCAACAAUCAUGUUAUAUAAGUUGAUAUUUAAACGGCCAGUGUGUUUUUGGAGAGGUACAAUGUAAAUGAAAGGUAACAAAUAUACUUAAAUAA